CUGAGUGGAGACAAGGAGGGUGAGAAGCACAUACGGUUCAUCAAGCUCGAAGGGAAUCGCGCGCUCUUCCGUCCCUGAGUAGAUGUCAUGCUCGUACAUAGCUGGAAUGGUCUGUGACAAACCGCGGUUGCACUGUCUGGCAUGUUAGCAGUCCCAUCUUCCCAGACAUUUUUCGGAAUCAUGUGUGCCUGUAACAUACCUGUACAAAUAAUCGGGACACCUUCAUAUAUCGUAUUGUGGCAGCGAAUGUGCAUCUGGAGUACGUCGGAGCCAUGGCGCUGCGGAGGCCACAUUACGCCAUUGACCGAAGUCGUUGUCGGAGGUGUUGAAGAGCCUUGCAACGAGCGGCUAAGGUCGUCGGAUCAUGUUCUUGCGCCAUCUCCCCACAAAUCCGCCUCAUGUCUAGCGUCUUUGCAGAAAACUUGACAGGGUCCUCUGUGCUCUACAUAAUGUCUUCUUCUUCUGCGGCUCGUGCCUCGUGCUUUCUAUUCCCUCUCGGCGCCGCAUUUUCCACGAGAAGCUUGUCCGCGUUCUACAAGCCGGAUCUGCGACAUGCUCAAACUCAGACGUUGGGCCAUGUCUGCCUCCAGCCACCAUGAUCAGGAGACCGUCCCUCUUCCCCCCGCUGGCUUCGACGCGCAGAAAUCCAAGGCAGCCUCGACGACCGACACCGAAUAUCCGGAAUCACUCCCUGGAGAUGCAGAGCGACCUGUCGGAGCGCUGCCAGUCCCGCCGGUGGAUAGGCAGGGCUUGCACCGAGAACUGUCUGCCCGACAAGUAUCCAUGAUUGCCAUAGCUGGGACGAUCGGAACGGGUCUUUUUCUGGGUACGGGGCGUUCGUUAGCACAAGGAGGGCCGGCGAGCAUAUUGUUAUGCUAUGGCAUCGUUGGGUUCAUCGUCUAUAUCACCCUGCUCUUGCUGGGAGAAAUGGCCACGCAAUACCCGGUUGCCGGUUCCUUCAAUGCUUAUGCCACCCGGUUCUUCUCCCCUUCCUACGGAUUCGCUCUGUCCUGGAACUAUUGGUUCAACGAUGCCGUCUCGGUUGCGUCGGACCUGACAGCGGCUCAGCUCGUCCUCCAAUACUGGACAACCUGGCACACCUGGGUCGUCAGUUUGAUCUUCUGGGUCUUCCUUGUCGCGGUCAACUCAAUCCACGUCCGUGCUUACGGUGAACUAGAAUACUGGCUUGCGUCUCUGAAGGUCAUCACUGUCGUCAUCUUCAUCAUCCUCGGUAUCGUUGUGAACGUGGGAGGCAACCAAGCGCACGAGUACAUAGGAGCGAAGUACUGGCACAUACCUGGUGCACCUUUCGUGGGUGGUUUUGGUGGUUUCGCGCGGGUGUUCGUGACUGCGAGCUUCGCUUAUGGCGGUACUGAGUCUCUCGGUAUCACUGCUGGUGAAACGAAGAACCCGUCUCGCAAUAUGCCUCGAGUCGUGAAAUUUGUGUUUUGGCGGAUCCUGCUUUUCUAUAUUCUCAGUAUCCUGCUGAUGGGUCUAAACGUGCCUUACAACUACCCCAACUUGUCGAAUAAAGCGGUCACAACAUCGCCGUUCACGAUCGUUUUCCAGUUGGCUGGAUCUCACGUAGCGGGCUCCUUCAUGAAUACAGUGAUCCUGACGUCCGUGCUGUCCGCUGGCAACCACGCUUUGUUCGCGGGGACACGAGUACUCUAUGGGCUCUCCGUGAUCACGCCUCGGCAGGCUCCUGCCUUUUUUGCCAAGACCACAUCUGCUGGAAUCCCGCUGUAUGCCCUCUUAGCGACAAGCAGCAUCAGUAUCCUCUGCUUUGGUUCCAGCUUCAUCGGCAGCGGCGAGCUGUGGGGCUGGCUGCAGAACAUCGUCGGCGUCUCAAACCAAAUCGCGUGGGUGUCGAUCGGCCUGGCCAGCUGGAAGUUCCGGCGUGCUUGGGUGCGCCAGGGUCGCCCCCUCAGUGAGAUGAAAUUCAGGGCUGGCUGGACGUGGCCAUGGGGCCCUUACUUCGUGGUGAUUGCGGUGGUUGUAAUUAUUAUUGUCCAAGGGUGGUCCUCGGUCAUACCCAAGUUCUCCGCCGUCGAUUUCGUGUCGUUUUACAUCGAGAUCCCCGUCAUGCUCGUCAUGUACCUGCUGUGGAUGCUCAUAUGGCGACCAUCACCCUCGUCUGCACCUGUCUCUCUUCCGACCGGCGAUCAGGUAGCAUCAGGGCCCGCCCGCAAAAGCUUGUCCCGUCGCGUAUGGGACUUCCUGACGUACAACGACGCCGUCGACGUCAGGACUGUGGAUCUGAAGCGAGAUGAGCACGAGGAGGAAGCGGCCGACCUUGCGGAUGAUGCGAGAAGGGAGAGCAAGCUCAAGGGACGUUAUAGGUGGCUUUGGAAAGUGUAUUACGCAGUUGUAUGAGGACAGUAAUGCGUUUAAAAUGUGCUUC